GCCCCCAAAUCCUAACUAAAACCCUAAUUUCCUCCUCCUACUGAGAAGAGCUACUCCAUGGAUCCCAACACCACUUCUUCAUCAUCACCAUCACUGGUAGUGUCAUACCUUAUGAAUUCCUGUGGAUUAUCAGAAGUUCAAGCUGUGAAAGCUUCCAAGAAACUUAAUUUCAAAACCACAUCAAGGGCAGACAUUGUUAAAACCUUACUUGAAAGAUCUGGGUUUACUAAACCAGACAUCACCAAACUCAUCAUCAGAGCACCGAAAGCCCUUUUAUUUGCUAGACGUUCGAUUCUUAAACAAAAACUCAAUUAUUUCUUUUCUAAAGACAUUUCUAGACAGGAAGCUAUCAAGGCCUUGUCUCAUAACCCAGGUAUUCUUUUCUUUAGUUUGGAAGAUCGUAUCAUUCCUUGUUUCGAUUUCUUUAAGAGCAUUGUUGGUAAUGAUAGAGACACAUUAAAUACUAUCCGAAACGUAUUUGAGAUAAAAUUGUAUUAUAGCAAGAGUAUGGAGGAAGUGGUGCUCAGCAACAUACAGGUUUUGAAAGAUGAAAAUGUCCCUGAGGAGAUUAUAAUCAAGUUUCUAAUCCGACAACCUAGGGUAUUUACGAUUGGCACUGGGAGAUUUAAAGAGGCUGUGGAAGAGGUUAAAUGUAUGGGAAUUAAUCCUUCCAAAACUGCAUUUACAACUUCCAUUCGUAUGUCGAUAUGGCAUGCGAAAAAGACAUUGGAAACUAAAUUGGAUGCUUUCAGGAAAUGGUGGUCAGAAGAACAAAUUCAAACUGCAAUUAGAAAACUGACUAGAUUUAUGGAAAUAUCUGUGAAGAAAUUUGAAGCUAUAAUGAAUUUUGCUGUGACCCAGAUGGGUUGUAGUCCAUCAAGUUUAGCUCUGCGUCCAUCAAUUUUUUAUCUCAACUUGGAGAAGAGGAUUAUACCCAGGUUUUCUAUUCACAAAAUUUUAAUCUCUAAAGGUUUGACUGGGAGUAAACCAACCUUACUAACAAUUUUACAAUCGAAAGAUGAAGUUUUCUUGAAGAGGUAUGUGAUCCCGUAUAAAGUUGAAGUUCCAGAAGUGUGGCAGAUCUAUAACCAAGCAUCAAAUGGGGGUGUCUCGAAGGACUCACAAAAUGAAGAGGUAACUUUUUGUCCAGAAAGUCCUACGGAGAAUGUAGCAGCUCCACCAAAGGUAGCGAAAGUGGUUGGCAAAAGUCAAACUGGCAAACCUGAUGAAGAGUUGGAGAAGGAAGAAGAAGCAAAUAAAGCCACAAAGCCUAAGAAGAUUUUGAGAAAGUCAAAGAAAAAAGUGGACGAAAUGCAAGGUGGUGGUGCGAAGAAGGAUAAAGGAGGUCAUUCUAAUAUAGAACUUGGUGAUGAAGAGAAGGAUAAAUUUGGUGACGAAGAGAAGGAUAAAUUUGGUGACGAAGAGAAGGAUAAAUUUGGUGAAGAAGAGAAGGAUAAGUCCAAGGAAGAGACUGCUGCUGUCCCUAUCGUCGAGAAAGUAUCAGAGGGUAGUCAAGCAAGUGGGAUUAAGAGGAAAGUUUUGAAGAAAGUCACAAAGCCUAAGAAGGUUUUGAAAAAGUCAAAGAAGAAAAUAGAGGAAGUGCAAGGUAGUGCAGCCAAGAAGGAAGAGUGGGAUACGUCUAAGGAAGAAGAAGAGAGUACUGAUCUCCCCAUGGUCGGGAAAUUAUUACAAGAUGAAGAGUUGGAGAAAGAAGAAGAAGAAAAUAAAGCCACAAAGCCUAAGAAGAUUUUGAGGAAGUCAAAGAAAAAAAUGGAGGAAAUGCAAGGUGGUGGUGCGAAGAAGGAUAAAGGAGGUGAUUCUAAUAUAGAAUUUGAUGAGGAAGAGAAGGAUAAGUCUAACUUAGUAGAAGAGACUGCUUCUGUCCCUAUUGUUGAGAAAGCAUCAGAGGAUAGUCAAGCAAGUGGGCUUAAGAGGAAAGUUUCGAACAAGGUCACAAAGCCUAAGAAGGUUUUGAAAAAGUCAAAGAAGAAAAUAGAGGAAGUGCAAGGUAGUGCAGCCAAGAAGGAAGAGGAGGAUACGUCUAAGGAAGAAGAAGAGAGUACUGCUCUCCCCAUGGCCGGGAAAGGAUUAGAAGAUGAAGAGUUGGGGAAGGAAGAAGAGGCAAAUACAGCCACAAAGCCUAAGAAGAUUUUGAGGAAGUCAAAGAAAAAAGUGGAGGAAAUGCAAGGUGGUGGUGCGAAGAAGGAUAAAGGAGGUGAUUCUAAUAUAGAAUUUGAUGAGGAAGAGAAGGAUAAGUCUAACAGAGAAGAAGAGAUUGCUGCUGUCCCUAUUGUUGGGAAAGUAUCAGAAGGUAGUCAAGCAAGUGGGCUUAAGAGGAAAGUUUUGAAGAAAGUCACAAAGCCUAAGAAGGUUUUGAAAAAGUCAAAGAAGAAAAUAGAGGAAGUGCAAGGUAGUGCAGCCAAGAAGGAGGAAAAGGAUACGUCUAAGGAAGAAGAAGAGAGUACUGCUCUCCCCAUGGUCGGGAAAGUAUUAGAAGAUAGUCCUAAGAAGAAUUUAGUGACCAAUUUUGGUGUAGAAGCCCUUGAGCUAUUGCAGGUAUCUAAUAGGCAUACCAUGGAGGACUCACAAAGAGAAGAGGUGACUUCUUCUCCAAAAAGUCCUACAAAGACAGCUCCACCAAAGGUAGCAAAAAUGGCUGACAAAAGUCAAACUGGCAAACCUAAGAAGAAAGCUUCUUCCAGUGAUCUUAUGGAACAAGAUGAAGAGUUGAAGAAGGAAGAAGAAGCAAAGAAAGCCACAAAGCCUAAGAAGUUUUUGAGAAAGGCAAAGAAGAAACUGGAGGAAGUGCAAGGUGGUGCGAAGAAGGAUAAAGGAGCUUAUUCUAAUAUAGAAUUUAAGGAGGGAGAGGAUAAGUUUGAGGAAGAAGAAGAGAUUGCCACUGUCCCUAUUGUUGGGAAUGUAUUAGAAGGUAGUCAAAUAAACGUGCUUAAGAGGAAGGUUGCUUUAGAUAAGGAAGAAGAUUCGAAUAAAGUUAAAAGGCCUAAGAAGAUUUUGGUUAAGUCAAAGGAAAAAGUAGAGGAAGUGCAAGGUGGUGCUGCGAAGGAGAAAGGUCACUCUAGUAUAGAAGUUGGUAAGGAGGAGAAGGAUAAGUCUAAGGCAGAAGAAGUGAUUGCUGCUGUUCCUAUUGUUGAGGAUGUAGUAGAAGGUUGUGAAGUAAGUACACUUAAGAGGAAAGUUGCUUUAAAUACGGAUGAAGAUUCUAAGAAAGUCAAAAAGCCAAAGAAGGUUUUAAAAAAGUAUAAGAAAAAAGUAGAUAAAGUGCAAGGUAGUGCUAACAAGGAAGAGGAGGAUAAGGCUAAGGAAGUAGGAGAGCUUGCUGCUGUCCUUAUGGUUGAAAAAGUAUCAGAAGAGAAGGAUAAGUCUAAGGCAGAAGAAGAGAUUGCUGCUGUCCCUAUGGUUGAGGAAGUAGUAGAAGGUUGUGAAGUAAGUACACUUAAGAGGAAAGUUGCUUUAAAUAAGAAUGAAAAUUCUAAGAAAGUCAAAAAGCCAAAGAGGUUUUGAAAAAGUAAGAAAAAAAUAGAUGAAGUGCAAGGUAAUGCUAAGAAGGAAGAGGAGGAUAAGGCUAAGGAAGUAGGAGAGCUUGCUGCUGUCCCUAUGGUUGAAAAAGUAUUAGAAGGUAGUCAAGCUAGUGUGCUUUAAGAGGAAAGUUGCUUCAGAGAAGGUGGUGCAGUCGAAGAAAGCGAAAAGGCCUACAAAGAAGUCUGUGAUCAAGUAUGAUGUAGAAGUCCUGAGCUGUUGCAGGUAUACCGCAGCUCACUGUUUUGUAUUCCUUUAUUCAGUUUGUGGUAUGAAAUAUGCUGUAGGUUAUCUGAAAUUACAACUUAGAUUACGGUCUUUAUUUUUGUUUAUUUCUGCAUCUCCUUAGCAUGUUAGCCGUAUGUAUGCUUGUUUUAUUCUCUUCAGAAAUGAAAAUAGUGCUGUAUCAGUCACUUGCCUAAUACAUGUUGACAAGAAGAAUAAAUAGUGUAGGUGUAGUAGUUUCUUGCUGUCUAAUCAGUUUAUCUAGAACAUUUGUA